AAGUCAAUGGGAUGACAAGACAAGAAAAGCCGUCGUACCUUAUCUCUGGGUCCUCGAGCCGGUGGGCACAGAAGACGCACUAGAAGAACUAGCUUACUCGUUUAGUGAGUGACGGCGUGGUCAGACGGCGAGAUAGUCAAGCACCACAACGAAUCAUCGGUCUCCGACUGACUCUUGCGGGAACCCGAUCAGUCGCAGGAUGGAGAAGAGAACAAUCGACACGAUCCACUCGACCCCAAGCGACCCAAAAGUCAAAACGAGAUAGAAAACUAAGGGGGGAAAAGAUGAGUAAGAGAAAUAGAAAAUGCGGAGAUGCAACUCAAAAAAAUAAGGGCGGAGGUAACAGAGAAAUAUUGACCCAAUCAAUGGCCAAGGGAAUAACAAUGAAAACAGACACUGGAUGUUUUGAAUGUGAAGUAGUAGCCGAUCGAAGAUCCGACAAGGAAAUUAAUCAGACUAGCAAUGCACCUCCGAUGCAAGUUUGCCAAAUGACAACCACGAGGCCAAAUGGUCGAGACCCCAAGACCAGUCGCGUGUUAUCACGGGAGGGGAGGCUUAUCUCCAGGGGUUGGGUUGGAUGUGAAUGGAGCAAAGCAAUCGCAGUGAUAGCACAGAACAAGCUAGGGAGAAGAGAAACUGUUGUGCAGGGGAGAAAAAAGAAAGAAAGAAGAAUUGAAAGGACGGACGGACCUUUCUCACUGAUAAUCCAUCGACUGGAUGUCAGUUGGAUAGGAUCGAUAAUCCGGUUUAACUCAUCCGUCAUCGGAUCCAUAGUUAAUAGGGUUGGUGGUGAAGAACGAAAGAGAGAGACGGAGAGCGCGCGGGCAAGGCCGAUGGAGCAGACGAGUUGCUGCAACCAAACAAACCCAGAGUCAGCGGAGUCAGCCUCAAGGUGGUUAAUCUGGCCAUGGAGCCAUCCUGAUUCACCCGGCGGAGCUGCAAAGGCAACGGUGACAUCGCUCCUUCGAAGCUUAGCCGAAUGCGGGGAGACGAUUCGGCUCAUUUGCUGGUACGGUCGUCGUGAGGUAGCAUCCAAGAACCCAAAUCCCUCCUCUUUUUGACCCUCUUUUUCUCUCCCGCUCCGCUAAACCUGCGCUGGUGGCUUUCGCUACCGAUGAGGGUUUUCUUGGGUCUUCCCCGCCCAGUGGAGUCGGACCGGACCCAGUAACCGAACCCAGUGACCCAUUGGAUAAGAAGAAGCACAGUGAAAAGAAGGAGGAAGAAAAAAAAAAACCAAAUUAACCACA